UUUCAGGAGCUGGUGUCUUUCCCGUCUGAAGAGCCUGGUGUGGCAGUGGAUUCUCAGCAUGGGGUGACCUUGAGGGUCAACAGCACGAUGGAACGCAAAGAGCUUUGUAGGGUGCACUAUCAUUUUGGAGAAUUUGGAAACUAUUCUCUGGUAGUGCGGACUGACCAUAGCAGCCAGAAUGUUUCGUGCAACAUAGUUAUCAAUCAAGAGCCCGUCAACAGCUACCUCCCUAUUUUCUUUGCCUUUCUCAUCUAUACGGGCAUCUUCACUAUGCUGGCCUUGGGACAGUUUUGUAUAAACAUUGAACCAAUCAGGAACUGGCUUUACAAGAAGAUGAAUCCAAGAGAAACGGAUCGUCUUAUUAAUUCAGAGCUUGGCUCCCCGAGACAGACAGACUCCAUCAGCGGUGAUUUGCCACCAGGGGUGUGGCGCACGGGGCCCACCGUACCCAGACUUCGUUCCCUGGAUACGUUCAGAGGGCUGGCUCUUGCAAUUAUGGUCUUUGUGAAUUAUGGUGGAGGAAAGUACUGGUUCUUCAAGCAUCAGAGCUGGAACGGACUAACUGUAGCAGACCUUGUCUUUCCGUGGUUCGUGUUCAUCAUGGGCACCUCCACUGCCCUGUCCUUGAGUUCCAUGCUGAGGCGGGGCUGUUCUAAGGGGCAGCUGCUGCUGAAGAUCCUCUGGAGAAGUUGCCUCCUGUUCCUGCUUGGGAUCGUAAUUGUGAACCCAAAUUACUGCCUUGGGCCUUUGUCCUGGGAGAACCUGCGGAUCCCAGGGGUGCUCCAGAGACUGGGGUGCACGUACCUGGUGGUUGCUGGGCUGGAGCUCCUCUUCGCCAAGCCUCUGCCCGACAGCACCAGCGUGGAGGCUCCACUCCCUUCUGUCCGGGAUCUUCUGCCAUACUGGCCCCAGUGGCUUUUCAUGAUGGCACUUGAAGUAGUCUGGCUAUGCUUAACCUUCCUGUUAAAUGUACCUGGCUGUCCCAGAGGUUACCUUGGGGCCGGAGGCAUUGGUGACCAUGGAAAAUAUCCCAACUGCACCGGAGGGGCGGCUGGGUACAUUGAUCGUUUGCUCCUGGGAGAGAAACACAUCUAUCAACACCCGUCUUCCAGCGUGCUGUACAUGACAACAGUGCCUUUUGACCCUGAAGGAAUUUUGGGGACCAUCAAUUCUGUCAUCAUGGCCUUUUUGGGACUUCAGGCAGGAAAAAUUCUCUUGUUUUACAAAGACCAGCACCAACAGAUAAUGCUCCGCUUUUGUGUUUGGAGUAUAAUAAUGGGCGCCGUCUCUGCUGCCUUGACCAAGUGCUCGACCGAGGAAGGCGCCAUUCCUGUGAACAAAAACCUAUGGUCGAUCUCCUACGUGACCACCCUGAGCAGUUUCGCCUUCGCCCUUCUGCUGCUGGUAUACGGCCUUGUCGAUGUCAAGAGGGUGUGGUCAGGGGCUCCCUUCUUCUUCCUGGGCAUGAACUCAAUUCUUGUCUACGUCGGCCAUGAAAUAUUUGAAAACUACUUCCCAUUUAAGUGGAAGAUGCGGGAUACACAAUCCCAUAGCGAGCACUUGGCUCAGAACCUCACGGCGACUUCUCUGUGGGUAAUUAUAUCCUAUGUACUCUACCGCAAAAGGAUAUUCUGGAAAAUCUAAUGAAACAUCCAAGGAAAGGCAGAGGACUAAGCAGCGAAGGCGUGCCAGCGGAAGCAUCCUCUCCAGACGCCACACUGACGUGCUGUUUUUUUAAAAAGGGAUCGUGUGUUUGGUUUACAUUCCAAAUAACCUUGAACUGUAUAUUGAAAGAUAAACAUUUGUUGACUGAUGUCCCAUUUGUUAAAGCCUUUUUCCAAUUAUCUACAUAUAUUUGUUAUACUAUUCCAUUUCUAAAUAAAUAGACAGCUCCUAGGCAGAAGGAUGUUUGAAGAUCUGUUGUAUGUACGUAUCGUGUUUUUGAAAAGUA